AAGUCAUUAUGUUAUUAAACUAUAAAUCAAAUAUAGGAUAUCUCAAUCAAUCUAUCCAGCUCUAAAAAAAUUAAGGUACUUUUUAUAACGUUAUGUACUCGUUUUUUAAGACGCGGACGACGUCAGAAGAAAGACAGAUGGUGUCUGAAGUUGGGGAAAACCACAAGAAUCUGCGGAUACGUCUCUUGUAAUACCAAAACUAAGGAGAAUAUGGGCACGUACACGGACACGAGUGGCAGUGACAACGGCAUGCGUAAGGUUCAUUACGGUUCUCGCAGAAUAUAAGGAUCAUCAACAGAGGGAACUGCACUCAACGCUUUACAACGCGUCCAAACAUACAUUUCAGGGGUGUACGACACAAAACAUUUUGCAGACAUUUUCCAAAAUGAUUUAAUAAUUUAAGAGACUCAAUGAAUGUUAAACUAAUGACAAGCCAACCAAUAUUGGUAUUCAUUGAUUGUGUGUUAAAAGAGCAGCAAAUAGAAUGUAAAAGAAUAAAGGUGAACACACGGACAAUAAAAGCAACUAUUGAUGAUGUGACACGGGUGUAAGAAUAACGGUUUGAGUGACAUCGAUUGGUACAUUGAUCUGGAUUUCUCUUGAUCUCCAAAUAAUUGAUACACGCAUGGUUUAGAACCAAUAAAAGCAGAUAACUUUGUAGUAGCAUAGACGUUUUAUUGGAAACCUUCACCUAUGUUGAUGAUGAUGUCGAAAAAACAGAGGUCCGCGAAAUUCGUUGAAAAAGCAAUGAAAAAAGUAUAAUGACUUUCAUUGUUUUAUCAAGUAAAUAACAUGUCAAUUAGUUUCAUAUUGCAGCUUUACAUGCUCAAUGUAAUGGCGUGGUGGAGCGAAUCAAGUCCUUCAAUUCGAUCCGGCAUGGACGACGAAUUAAUAGUUGAUCGGUAUUCUAGACUGGGCGACUUGAACAUUGGUGCACUUUUUCCAGUUCACCGUUAUCACCCAACUAGGUUUUGUAGCAUUUACUUACGAGAAUUAGGCGUGCUCCAGAGGAUGGAGGCGCUCGCGUUUGCCGUUAAAGAAGUUAACAAUAGGUCAGAUUUACUGCCAAACAUAACCUUAGGGUUUGUAGUCUUGGAUGACUGUUACAAGCCAACAACUGCACUUGCACAAGUCUUGUUAUUCGCAAAGACUCCGAAAACAUGUGAAUGUACAUGUGCGUCGAGUUUUCCUGGAUCGCCACCUUUAUAUUAUGAUGUAAUUGGAACGAUAGGAGCCGAAGGUAGUCAGAAUUCUCUCCAAAUUGCGGAUGUCAUGACACUCUUGCGUACUCCUCAGAUAAGUUACACAGCGACAACACCAUCAUUAACCAACAAAUUUCAGUAUCCAUAUUUCAUGCGCAUGGUCCCUUCUGACAGGUACCAAGCAAAGGCGAUCGUUGAUCUUCUUGUUCACUUCAACUGGACCUAUGUAUCUAUAGUAUACGCAGAUAGUACCUAUGGCAUUGGAGGUUUUAAAGGCAUAAGGAAUCUUCUUUUUAAUUAUAACAUCUGCCUCGCUGCCACCAUUGAAGUGUCACAGGACUAUGAUACAUUAGAUUACAUGGAACUGGUGUCUACAUUGUCUUCUGAAAACGCUAGGGUGGUUAUAAUAUUUGCUCCUCUUGUGAUCGCACAAUCUGUUUUGAUAGCCGUAAGAGCAGGCGGAUACCACUACAACUUUACUUUUAUUGGUAGCGACGCAUGGGGCAGGAACAUACAAGAUCUCGAACACCUGGAAGAAACUGCACAUGGGCUACUAAGUGUCCAGAUUGCCUCGAAUACAGUUGAUAGAUUUGAUGAACAUUUUAAAUCUCUCACUCCGGAAUCACAUUAUGACAAUCCAUGGUUCAACGAUUUUUGGGAAAAUCACUUCAUGUGCUUGAUUAAUGGCUUUAACUCAACACCUUCGCACCGUCUGCUGUGUCCGUCGAACUUAACAUGGUCUGAAUCUAAUGGGUACAAACCUGAAAUUUUUACUUCUCUUGUUAUGGACUCUGUAUUUACGUAUGCGUAUGCACUUGAUGCUUACAUUAAAGGUAACUGUUCUAAUAUGAAUAAGUUUGAAAUAAUGAAUUGUGUUACUGGUAAAGGAUUGUUGUCGUAUCUCAAAAAUACGUCAUUUGAAGGGGAGACAGGAGCAAUUCAAUUUGAUAAGAAUGGAGAUGGACUAGCAAACUACACCAUUAACAACCUACAACGGAAUUCUGAGGGUAACUAUGAGAUACACACGGUGGCAACAUGGAGCUCCCAAAGCAGAUCCUUGUUAUUUAAUGGGGCGGACGUGCAGUUCAAACAACAGAUACUAAAUGCGGGAAAUUCUGUCCCGGAGUCGUAUUGUAGCGAUCCAUGCCCAGUGCAUUACAAACAGAUUCCGGAUGUGAAACCUUGUUGUUGGUUGUGUGAAGAAUGCGAUCAAGACCAAAUGACUUAUGUCAGAGAUGGUUAUAUCGCAUGCAAAAACUGCCCCAAAAAGUAUUGGCCAGAUCAACAAUUCUUCAAUGAAUGCAUUCCAAUCGAGCCUAUUCAUGUAGAAUUCUCUCACCCAUUGGGAAUAACACUUUCAACACUUGCCUCAAUAGGAAUUGUGAUCUCACUGAUGGUUUUAGGGGUGUUUAUCAUCAACAAAGACGACGUCCUUAUCAAGGCCUGCAGUAAAGAAUUAUCCUAUCUGAUGAUGGCGGGGGUUAUUAUCACGUUCCUUUUUGUGUUUCUUCAGCUCGUGAGGCCUAGUCAAGGUGUAUGUUUGAUGAACUAUGUUGGAUUUGCCCUGACCUUCACGACAUUGUACGCCCCAUUGGUGACACGUACUAAUCGUAUAUACAGAAUCUUUGACUCCGGAAAGAGGUCCGUAAAAAGGCCUAAAAUGGUGGAUGGAAGGUCACAGCUCAUCAUUGCAUUUUCCAUUAUUGGAAUCCAUAUGGUGAUUAUUAUUGUGGUUAUAAUCGUCACUAAAGAUACGUCGUACGCCAUGGAGUUUCAGCCAGAUAGACGCAAAGUACAGUUGAUCUGCUUUUUCCCCAAUUCAGCCUUUUUAUUCUCUCUCAGUUACAACCUCAUUCUAGUGGUAUCAUGUACAUUCUAUGCCAUAAAAACAAGAAAACUACCAAACAAUUACAACGAGUCUAGGUUCAUUAGCUUCUGCGUCUAUACCACUAUAUUGAUGUGGCUCGCCUUUAUCGCCACAUACUUCAGCUCGACAUCUAAUGCUUACUACAAAGUUGCGUUCCUCUCAACCGCAAUGAUAGCGAAUUCAACAGUGAUCUUGGCCUGUCUGUACAUUCCAAAAGUCUAUGCCCUUUACUGUGUAAGCAAGGAGGAGCUGAACAUAAACACGGGUAUGACCUCUUACCAUGGAAAUCAAAACAGAUGGAGAAAGUCUAAAAUACCUGCGAGCUUUAUUGGGAAACUCCAACUGCGAAAAGCAAAACAGUUUGGGAAUAAAAUAGACAGUGACCAUCCGUCUGUUUACGCAGUGGAAGGUGACGACGCUAAUGGCAGUGAUGAACCUACUGUUAUUAAAAAUAAUGGUGUUCACAUUAAAAAGGCCAGACUUAGUCCGAUCAAGCAACAGAAGAAUGACAUUCAUAUCAGUACAAUAGCUGGAACAAGUACCGACUCGGCCUAAUGUUAAGCAUUGUCAGGCUGUGCAAGUCACGUUUAACUCAGUAUUUUGGAUAAAAUUUACCUGUAUUUUGAUGAUGUCUUUAAUAUAUUAUUGUGUGCUCUCCUCAAGCAGCUCUUCUGCGUAAAAUAUGAAAAAUAUCAAUUUUUGAAAAAGCGUAAUUUUUUCUCGGUCAUUUGUGAAGCAAAGACUUCAAUUCUUCCAGGAUAAUUGGUAUAAGCUCUUUACAUAAAUUAUUUUACCACCUGUCAUUGCCUAUUAACAAAGGUAUAUAAAAAUUGUAUGAAAACAGCUCGUAAUUUUGCCCCCUUAGGUACCCACUUUUUGAUAAUAGUCAAGGUUCGAAAGAGC